UUUCUCGUUGUUUGCCGACGGUAGCCCGAGAAAGAAAACAACAAACCCACCUAGGCUUUAAACACACACUUCUUCACCACGCGUUUUUUUUUUCCUUUCUCCGCACCAGCUCGCUUCAGUUUCGGCCCAGCUCGCCCGGCGUGCUGCGGUUUUUGUCCGACUGCCAGGAAACUUAACUGGGAAUCCAUGGUGUUAAAUUUCCAUUGUAACAAGUGGAUAACAGGAGGAGACCCGACCAAGCCGCCUGAAUUCCCCCUCCUCCCUCUGGCAGGUGUAAUGAGAGCACUGGUCAUGGACAGAUGAUGGACGUGGAGACGUCGUACUCAGACUUCAUCAACUGUGAUCGCACAGGCCGCAGGAACGCAGUACCCGACAUCGCAGGGGAGGGGGAAGUAGCAGCCAGCACCAGUGAACUCACCAAAGACCUGGCAGAGAUGGACCUGAAGGCUGCAGAAGGGGACCCAGGGGCCACCCCGGCCCCUGAGGCAGAGGGCUCUACCAGCCAAGAUGCCCAGGGAAGUGGAGGCCCAUCCUAAACUGAGCCAGAGACCGAAAGGAGGCAGAGCCGUGGAUUGAAAAGUAGAGAAGGAAGCAAGUGGAAGUGGAGAGACAUGGAGAAAGGGAGGAGAGAGUGUAUAUUGGUUGUCCUAACUAGACAUGAGGACAUGUUCGCUCACUGCCAGCCUGUUUGGAGCUUCUGUGGCCCAAAUGUACGCCUUUUCAUUGGAUCAGAUUGUAUCAUGGGGAGCAGAACACAGUAGAAGUGAUAUCUGAGAUGCGCUUCAUACGUAAACGUAAGUCAUUUAUAUUCCUAACGAGACAAGAAAGCACAGAAACUUUGGAUUUACGUCUGUGGAGAUGGACUGAGCUGAACAGAAUUCAUUUAUAACAUUCGAAACAUUGUUCCAGCCUAAUAUGGGACUGUGUCAUGGAGGGCGUAUUCAUAAUCCUCUGUUGGUCAUUUUCUUUCUGUGUAUGCGUGUGUUUGUGACCCUCUUCUUCAAUUUCAUUGUCAAGUCUUUUCUUUCCUAGUAAACAAACAUAGUCAAACAUAAUGCGUUAUACUGUCGUGUUCAGACUUCAUAUUUAUUGCUUAAUGUUCAGUGAUAACUUUGUGAUAGCAAUUUUCUUUGUGUAAUAAAAUACACAUGAAUUACUGUAA